CGCCACUCUCUCCAUCACGCUUCCCUUCUCUUCCGGCGACUGAGGCGACGCCGGCGAACUCCCAGCCGACCAACACCGGGAACGUCCGGCGACAAUUGCGAAAUCUUUCAGUUGCGAACAACGGCGAAACGGAACGGGUAGUCAACGGCGGUGCACUCCGGUGAAGCAACGGCAGCGAACUCCUGCGAACUCUUCAAGUGCGUUCUUACUGCAGAAAAUUGUUUUAGUUCUUCUUCGGAACUUCCGUUUUGCUAUUCAACAGUUCCUGCUGCUGCCUACUAUAAUUAUGGAGAUAAAGACAGAUAGUAAUGAUGGCUCACUGAUUUUAAUCAAGCAAGGAGCUGAAGCUAGAGUGUUUGAGUCUACUUUUGUUGGAAGGAGAUCGAUCAUUAAGGAACGCUUCUCAAAGAAAUAUAGACAUCCAUCACUGGAUUCCAAACUCACACUCAAGCGAUUGAAUGCAGAAGCAAGGUGCAUGACAAAAGCUAGGCGACUUGGAGUUUCCACUCCAGUGCUGUAUGCUGUUGACCCGACGCUACAUACCCUGACAUUUGAGUAUGUGGAAGGCCGUGCUGUGAAAGAUAUAUUGCUUGAAAUCGGAUCAAGUGGUGAUGGUGCAAAACAGUUGAAUGACAUUGCAAUGCAGAUUGGUGUUGCAAUUGGAAAGUUGCAUGAUGGUGGUUUAGCUCAUGGUGACUUGACCACAUCUAACAUGUUGAUCAGGAGUGGUACCAAUGAACUCGUCCUUAUUGAUUUUGGUCUGAGCUUUACUUCAACGAUUCCAGAAGAUAAAGCAGUUGAUCUAUAUGUCUUGGAACGAGCGCUGCUUUCAAUGCAUUCUUCAUGUGGGAAUUUGAUGGAGCUGAUUCUUGCUUCAUACCGAAAGACGUCGAAACAAUGGUCAUCGACCUCAAACAAAUUAGCUCAAGUUCGUCAGAGAGGCCGAAAACGUACGAUGGUUGGUUAAGAUCUUUCUUUUUGGUCUGUUUGUUGAAUUAUUUGUAGACUCAUUGAACUUUAACAGUGUAUUAUUAUUAACCUUACAAUAACUAUUUUUUUCGUAA